CAGCGCGAGACCCAGGGACAGCUCGGGAGGGACGGAGCCAGCGCGAGAUUCUGGAGCCAGCGCCAGGCAGAGGUGCGGACCUGAGGCAACCCAAGUGUGCCCCCCGGUCUCGAGAUGAAAACAUGGUUGUAAAACCACUGAAACAACUAUCAAGGAAACUCAGAACCCCAGGUUCUGAGUUGAAACAGCUUCUAACUACUUGCAACUUUGCCCAGCUAUAUGAAAUAUGGGAGACGACAGGCCGUUUGUGUGCAAUGCCCCUGGCUGUGGACAGAGGUUUACAAACGAGGACCACCUGGCGGUUCAUAAACACAAGCAUGAGAUGACAUUGAAAUUUGGUCCUUCUAGAACCGAUUCAGUCAUCAUAGCAGAUCAGACUCCGACUCCAACCCGUUUUUUGAAGAACUGUGAGGAGGUGGGGCUCUUCAAUGAAUUGGCCAGUUCCUUUGAGCACGAGUUUAAGAAAGCCACAGAGGAUGAUGAGAAAAAGAAUGCUGGACCUCUGGACAUGUCUCUGCCCUCAACCCCAGACAUCAAAAUAAAAGAGGAGGAGCCAGUUGAGGUGGAUUCUUCCCCUCCAGACAGUCCUGUAUCCAGUCCGCAAUCCCCACAGAUCAAAGAGAAGGAGAUCACUUCAAAGCCGGUUAUAAUUUCUACUCCUACUCCAACCAUCAUGCGUCCAGGGUCACUGCCACUACAUUUGGGAUAUGAUCCGCUACAUCCCACUCUCCCUUCCCCGACCUCCGUCAUCACCCAGGCUCCACCUUCCAACAGACAGCUUGGGUCUCCCACGGGCUCCCUCCCACUUGUCAUGCACCUUGCGAACGGACAGACCAUGCCUGUCCUCCCUGGCCCUCCCGUACAGAUGCCUUCUGUUAUAUCGCUGGCUAGGCCAGUGUCCGUGGUGCCCAACAUUCCUGGUAUUCCUGGUCCACCUAUCAACAGCAGUGGUUCCAUUUCACCAUCAGGUCUUCCAAUGCACUCUGAGGCUAAAAUGAGACUGAAGGCCAGCCUGACGCACCAGGUUUCUUCCUCACUGAAUGGCAACAGCAUGGUUGUGGGGUCAGCAAGCACGAUGGUGACCUCACGUCCAGAGCAGGGCCAGAUACUUCUCCAGCACCCAGAUGCACCUUCUCCAGCUCAGCCACAGGUUUCCCCUGCUCAGCCCACACCUAGCACAGGUGGUCGGCGGAGACGCACGAUGGAUGAAGACCCGGAUGAGCGCAGGCAGCGUUUCUUGGAGCGGAACCGUGCUGCAGCCUCUCGUUGCCGUCAGAAACGCAAGCUGUGGGUGUCUUCCCUGGAAAAGAAAGCAGAGGAGCUCACGACACAGAACAUCCAGCUGAGUAAUGAAGUUACACUACUGAGGAAUGAAGUUGCUCAACUUAAACAGCUACUGUUGGCUCACAAGGACUGCCCAGUCACUGCACUACAGAAAAAAACACAGGGGUAUCUUGAAAGCCCAAAGGAGAGCUCUGAGCCUACCGGUUCCCCUGCUCCUGUCAUCCAGCACAGCUCCGUGACAGCAUCCCCCAACGAGCUCAACGUCCGCUCUGCAGCUGAAGCUGUUGCCACUUCGGUCCUCACUCAGAUGGCAAGCCAAAGGACAGAACUGAGCAUGCCCGUACAGUGGCACGUCAUUAUGGCUCCACAGUCUCAGUCUGCUGGCAGAUGAUGUCACAAACCAGGUGACAAAGAACUAACCCAUAAGAACUUGCAGUCCGAGAGACUGAUCAUAGCUAAGUCCCUGCUUAAUGGGGGCAGAUAUGGAUUUUUUUUUUUUUAAGUGAGUUAAGGGCAGCUAUGGAAGCUUCUUUAUACUGCAUAUCCUAUACAGAUCCUGGCCCAAAACCAUUGUCGUGAUCAUCUGUCCAUACAGGAUGGCUUCAGAUUGAGGGAUUUCUUGAUCCCUUAGUGAUGGUCAAUCAACUUGCAAAAUCAUCAGAACACAAAGAGCCUCAUUUGAUUGCAUCUUGAAAGGUUCAAUUUCAGGUAUCAGUUACGUUAACACUAAACCUCCCCUGGCUUGUGGUUUCUCUUGGCAUUAUUGCUAUUUUAAGUUUCACCUGUUAGCAAAGGAAAGUAGCUGUUGGGAGGCUGUGACAUUUACUGGUGCUGUCACUUUAUUUUUAACAGCUUGCUGCUUCCAAUCAUCUGUUUCCCCAUCACUGCGUUAGCUGACCUGAAAUGUUGCACCUUGGCCCAAAAUACUGGCCGAGUUUUCCACUCGGGCUAUUGAGAUUCAAAAGGCUGAGGAUAAUGGGCUUCUUAACUCCAUGGGAUUAACUUCCCUGACACCAAAGCUUUCUGGUUCUGAAGCAAGCCUGGCACCUCUAAUUCACAUGCAGUUAACCAUCAUUAACUGCUGUAACUUGUGGGGUUUUUAAAUAUGUCUUCGCAGUCACUGGUGCAGCAGUAGGAACUGUGAACAUUUCACGUGCUUCUCUCUUAAUUGACGCCAUAGCUGCUAAUGAUGCAGGUACCUUCUUCAGAAAAGGGCCUGCUUAUAAAUCUUCCGUACAACAGAAAAGCAGCACCAAGCUGCAGUCUGCCAGGACUGCGUGCAAAGCUGCUCUGUGUGAAGCAUGAAAGGAUGAGCUGGGGCAGAUGGAUAUAAUGCGAGUCCUGGAAUUAACCGGCUACAAAAUCCACCGCCCAUCUCAACAAGUCACGAAUUUAACAAACAAACCCCACACAUGUCAAAGGAUUAUCUCCCGUACGUUUAACCUGAUGACAUUAUGAAGUGGUGGCCUUGAACGAAGGGAGGUGGACGCAUAUCCCACUUGCCUGGCCUUUUACCUCUUUUAAUGGUUUUCUUCUGCUCCUGGUAGUGGUAUAUCUAUUGCUUUUCCUCAAGAGCAAAUGUAGUACUUCUAGAGCUUCCAGGUUCAUGGGGUAGAUUUAAAAUCAGCUGUGACAUUUUAAAGGCGCUUGGAAUUGUCUGCUUAUUGCCAAAGUGAGUGUGUGUGUGUGUGUGUACUUUCUUUAGGUUGUCAUUGACCUUUUGCUUGCUGGGUAGUAGUUGGAGAUUUGAAUUUGUAUUUUGGGAGCCAGAAAGGGGUGCUGUGUGAAUUUGUACUACAGCAAACCCAUCAGUCGGUGAAACUCUCAGCACUUCAUCGUUCUUUCCAUCUUUAAAGAUGCUUUUCCUUCAGUUGAGCUCUUCAACGUCUUCACCCUGAGCUUCCAGGCCACCUCAAAUCGCACUUGCCACUUUGGACCUGAGAUAGUUUGACUGAGUCAGUAGUUUGGCUUACCUAGACUUGGAAUAUUUGCCAGGGACAGCAAUAUCCAAAGCAAAAUCUGAGCAUGUAGAAUUUGAUCCACCCAUCCCCAGAUAGAGGGAAAUUCCAUUUAUUUCUUUUUUAAUUAGGGAUCUCUUCUCCCCCUUUUCUCCCUCAGGUUUCUCCAGGCCUCUCUGCCAGAUUGUCUAAUGUAUUUCAUGGUCCUCGUUGUGUCUCAAUACACUGCCACCAUGUGUUUGUCUCACUCUGUCGCACACACGCUCACACACAAUCAUUCCUGAGAUUUUGUGUUUCUUUGCCCUCUCAAGACUCUGGAGCCAGCAGCUCUUGCAUCUCUAUUUAGAACCUGUGUGUAGUUACUGCAAGAGGCAUUCCAGAUCAGGCACUUCAUUCUUUUCCCUUAAAGCUGUUUAUAUAGAGAAUUUUCGUAUAGGAAAGUGCUUUGAGUAUAACUGUACCAACAGGGUGUCUGUUUCCUUGAUGACAAAGAGCUAUACCAUCAGCAGGGUUUUCAGGAUCUUGUGAGGAUAAUGCAACCAAGGAAAUGGUUUAUAAAGUCUAACGGCCUGAUUGGACAAGACACGGGGCCUUUAUUUGGCUAAGAAUCCAAGACAGAAAAGGCUCGUGGCCAUGUUGUCAGAGGUCUAAUACGACAGCAGAGAAUCUGUUUGUAACUAUGACUAGUUUAGUCUCUUGCAGACACAUCACUGUCUUGUAAGGAAUAGGGUGCAUAGCUCGGACAGAUUCAUUAGAAUAGCUGGAUUCAUAUGUGUGGUUCAAGAGGCCCAAACAGCAUUUACAUGAUAACUGAUCAUACUCCACUUCCGGCCUGCAGGCUAACAUUAGUGUCUCAAAGCUAGUGGAUGUUUAACAAGAAGUAAGGGAAGCCCAUUUUAACACCAGCACCAGUGCAUGUUGAGACAGCACCACUGGGUAAAUACUGCCUGUCAGUAGCCUUACCACAUGCAUAAAGCAGCGUUCAAAUACCUUCGUUGUUAAGAGGCUGGCAGCUCAAGGAUACAGCUGCACAAUAGACUGUACAGGGGGAUGGGGUGGUAAAUACAGCUUGAGUUGGACAGGUGUGAAAGGCUUUAACUGAAAGUGAAUUUGCUUUGGUGCUUACAAACCAUAUUAAUUUCCGUGGAGACUUGUACAAGGGACCAUUUUUUGGUCCGUGGAAAGCAACACACAUGUGCACAUAUGUGUGUUUGCACAGGUGUCUUGGAAUUGUUUCUUUCCUUCUUCCUGCUGCUCGAAUUUAGUCGGAACUGAAACAAUACCAUGUGACUUAGGUGACCAGUCACGUUUCAAACAGGGAGUAAUCAAAGGCAUAGUAGAAUGGAAUAGCUUCCCAGCACUGCAUAAGCUGGAGUGGAUUUGUGUAACGAGUUUGAAAGCUUCAGAUUGCAAACAGACUUGUAAAAAUCAGUCCAUUGAGCAAAAACAGACAAUGUUUUUUUUUUAACGGAUUCUGUUCUAAAUAGAUCACUCUGCUACAGCCACGACUAAGGGUCUGUCUGCCCAGUAGAAACUGCACAUGGGCUAGCUGAAUCCAGCUAUUCAAGACAGCAAGCCGGCUAUGUACCCAGGGUCCAUGCUGGGCUUGUGCUCCCCUGAGCUGCAGCUCAGACCGUGUUGUGUUCACUGCUACUCUUACCCGUGCUAGCUGGAUUAAAGCUAGCUCAGGUAAACUAGCCCGUGCACGGCUUUUGCUGUGUAGACAGACCCUAAAUUGCUGAUUCUUCUCUUCCCAGCACCUGUCUUUGUAAUGGGAGGGGCUUAAGAGGUUCAGAAAACAGGAAGAUGCUUGAAGUGGAAAAACGCAACAAGUGUCAGUGUAAUGGACUCUGGUCCCUGCUCGCUGCUGGCCCCUUGUGGUCAGUUGUGGUGGUGUAAGAUCCUCCAUCUUAAUUCUUCCUUCCUAGAACUUCUUCCUGUAAGUUCAAAACAGGCUUUGUAUUGCAAAACAGCCCUUUUUUCAACAGAAAAUCCCCCAAAUAAGGAAAACACCUCAGGCCUCUGGUCCCAUUCUUGUUCCUUCUUAAAAGGACCAGUCAUCCAGACACACAACAACCCAGUCAAGGGUAUUUCCCACAUGCCUUGGUCUCUGACAGUCUGAACUGUGGGGUUGCUUCUCUCUGGGGUCUGGAGGCAGACCAAGGGAUUUGGCCGCAUUCAGGUAGCUAUGGGUAAUGGGUGAUUUUGCUGUAGAUUCUGACUCAAGGGGUUUGAGUGAGCAGGAGAAAGCAGAAGAAUUAUAGGUACUAUAGUCUUUAGUCACUACAGCUGUAACUACAGCAACCAUCGUAUUCGUUACCAAAAUGGUGUUUAACUGAUUGAGAGGUGUGUGUACUUGCUCCCUGGGACAGUACAGCAUUAGUGUAAAAUCUGGCUGCUUUUUGCUCUCCUUACUUAACCGCCGGAGAUCAAAAAUUACACAAGUCUGCGAUCUGGGGGUUGCUACCAGAUCCUGCCAGAAAACUACGGCUGGCCAGACAGAGCAGUGACUAUCAGGGGCUGAGACCUCCAUGCCCUACUGGGUGCUAGAAACAUACAGUGUACCCACGGAAUAUUUCCUGCCCUGACAGAUCACCAGAUAUCAGACCUUAAAAUCUUGUCCUUCUGAUUACCAUCUUGUUCCCCACCCACUUCAGUUCUGACAUGGUUUGUGUGUAUGCUCUGUUGAACAUACAGAGCUAUAAACUAAUGCUUUCUACCAUCUGGAAGCAGCCGGGAAUUCCAUCUUUCAGAUGGUGUGUAAAGCAUUAAUCUUUAUGGGGGUUCAUGAGCAGCUACUAAACAUCCAGCCAGAACUGGAAGUUUAGAGGAGGGGAAAGCAAGAUGAUGAUUUGUGUGACAUGAUUUUAAAUGUACACUGUCAAGUUAAAUCACACUUCAGUCUGACAGUUUUUACCUCCUCUUUAUAGGCGAUGCCUAAGAUUGCUAGCAGUUGGAGAUAAAAAAAUAAUUAUUUGUAAACUCCCCCCCCCUGUUUAUUUACUCUGCAUAUUUGGUAAUAUCUUAGUCAUGUUUCAGUAUUUCUCCUCUGUCACUUAGUCAGUUCCCCUGUAUGUUUGAGUCAUUAGUGUGUUAAAGGGAGAAACGUCUUGGAAAAAUAGGAAAAUGUGCCUGUAAAACUGCAAAAGUUGGCAAGAGUGCUCAGGAGACAUGUAGACCAGAAACUGCUUUUAAUGGUAAUUGACUGGAUUUCAAGCUGACUGUUUCCCCUUGAAGUGCUUUUCACUGAACGUGCAAAACCAGUGUUCAGUGUUUUAAAAUAUCUGUAUGUAUUUAAAUAGAAAACUCAGUAGUUUCAUAGAAGAGGUGGAAGUGAGUUUAAUCUCCAGCUGUUUUUCUGUCUCCCAGCAGAAUCUGAGCAUGUCUGAGUCCCAGGUUGCUGAAGACAAACAGUUUCUCUUUCUGUGUUCAAAAUAGAUACAUGGACAUGAAACUUUCUCCAGCUUCCUUCAUGGGGCCUAGAGAGCUCCUUGGUAAUGACCUUAGCACUCAGAUGUCCUCUCUGACUUCCCUGGGUGAAGGAAAUGCAGUGACGAGACAAAAUUCUAACUUUGGCACCUUUGAGAUGUUCUGCAGAACAAGCUCAAGAUAGCAAACGUAUUGAAAAUAACUUCAGUACUUUAGGUAACACCUGUAUUUCUAGGUCCAAAAUCUUAGAACCUGCUACUUCUGGAAAUACUGGAGGAGCAGUACAAAUGCUGUCAGGACCAGUAACUCCAUCCUCCAUCUCCCUCAGCACGGUUCCUGGAUCAGUGAUCAGAAUAAAACAUAUUCUGUUCCCACUCAGUGUCCAUUUCAGCUAAGGCUUGCCACUGAAUGAAUGUAUUGCUAGAGCAGCUCCAGAUUUGGUGGUUCCCCACAACUACACAGCUAGCUUAAUAGUAUACAAGAGAGCUUAGCUUUCACUGACAAGCUGAUCUUUGCCUGGCCUUAUUAAAAAGGACAGAUUUAGAAGAAGUAAACAGGAGUUUCAGAUGUGUAAAUGUCGGAGAUCCACUUCAUUAUGGGGCACACGCCUGCCUGGUGCUACCUUGUGAAAAGCAAUCAUGGCUAUGCAAAAUCUUUUAAAUAGGUUAAAGGUUUUUGGGUUGUUUUUUUUUUUUUUGAAAGUAUUUCAUUUUAAUCUCCCCAAUCUUAAUUUUAAUAUCAGCCCAUCCCUUCCCUCCCAAGUCCCUUGCUGUGAGCUAGCCUGAAUGUAAAUAGGGUGGGAGCUGUUUCUCAUCCAUUUUGAAGCAGACGCAUCUAUACAGAAUGUUCUCAUCUAUCCCACUUCACGUAGAGGGCCUAAUCCUCGGAGAUGCCAAGAGCACUCCUCUCCCAUUGAAACCAGGAAGAGCUAUGGCUGCUAAAUAUCUUGCAGGAAGCAUCACUGGAUUGAGGCCCAUAAGUGAGAGAUGCUACCAAAAAGCCCUACUAGCUCCAGUCCCCUGUGGCAAAAUCCUUUGCUGUUUUCUUACCAAAAUGAAGUGGUGCAGUGCAUUGCAUGCAGACAGCACUUCCUGAUCCGUUCUUACCACAUAGGAAGGAUGUCCAUCUGCGAGUCGUCUGUCAAGCAAACGAGUAAUUGUGCUUUUAACCAGAUUAGUCACCUGUAUGGGAGUUAUCAGGGUGGUAACCUAGGGAGAGGAUGGGCUCUGGAGAGUUGCAACAGAUGCAAAAAAAACCAGAAGAUAACAACAUUAUCGGAUUUCAGAUUUGUUGGUUUCAAUGGACAACUACUUUGGUGCUAAGAUUUGAAUUUUAGGGGCCCUGUUUUUCCACUGGGGCCUCAUUUAAUCGCAACUGCAUGGAUUUGCUCAUGCAAAUAGACUAGCUGUGCUCGAGUAAAUAAAUACUGCAGACAUAGAGGAGGCCUUCUGAAAAGAUGUGGCCCGUGUGAAGUUCUGUCCUGUAGCCAAGCAGCGUUUACAGCCCCUGAGGAGCCUUUAUAUCAUGAGGAAUAUAAUUCACUGACUGUUGAAUGUGUGUUUAGAACAAUUAUGAAACCAGUUGCUGGGUUAUUCCUUUAAAUCACCAGCUUUUCCGUAAUUGCAUCUUUUCCUAGAGAUGAUUUCCAGUUAAUCUGUAUGUAAAAUUACUGAUCGCUGUCCAGGCAGGCCUGUCUUCUUGUGGCUUUGUGAUCAUCCUUGAGGGUUGUACAUGUUGGGAAUUUCUUUCCAAAUCUAUAGAUGGGGGGUGCUCUUUUUUAUCCCAUUUUUCUGUGCUGGUGCAGUUACCCACAUAAAGGCUGCACAUCCUCAUGGACUUGUUCGGUGACAGCUGCUUUUUCAACCUAUAGUGAAGAACUUUUUUCAGAAAGCAAAACAAUAGGUUCCUGAAUAGGUGGCAAUAUCCACAGAUAGCUCAAACUCCACAUAGUCCGCAGACUUGCUGCGCAUAGGAGUUCUUUUGUCCUCCUAGUCCCCAGGCUUUUCAGGCAGCCUUCCCAAUAUCAUCGUAGUGCUUGGAGUUAGCUAAAGUGAGUUACUCUGUCCAUCCCUGUUGCUUGAGAAGAUCUUCAGCGAUUAGUUGUCUUAGGCAAAAGGGGGCCGUGACUAAUGCCAUUUGCAAUUAAUUGACUGCCCACACCUACUUUUCAUUAAAAUUUCUCCUCCUGGGAAUGACACAGAAUGUUUUGUGAUCUUUGGCCCUUAUAUGUGGCCUACUUCGCAGUGGGAAAAUGAUCCCCUUCUGGCUUAUUUCACGAGGCCAGGAAAAAUAUUUCAGUGUUCAAAGUACAUUUAAGUUCUUAUUGAGCAAGGACUAAGCACUAGUUGUAGGAUCAUACUCAUUCAGAGUGAUGUUUUUUAAUCAGUUAGUGUUUACCACUGUUAUAAUAGAAAAAAGUAAUUUAUUAUUUAAUUAGAGGCAAUUAUGAUAGACGUGCAUUUCUUUCCCUGCAACAUCAGAAUGUCGAACCCCAUGACAUUCUCAGCAAGAAUCUAGCCUGGGUCCUCAGGGGCUCAUAGCAGAGAGAAACUAAUUUUCUCCUUUUGUUCUCCCAUCCAAUUAAGACUAAAAAGAUUGGAUCUCUCUGUAUACCUCUUGAAUUCCACUCUUGCUUUUUGAUAAAAUUAGGUGUGGAGGAGAACCUCAACCAAAGCAUUGGUGUUGCCUCUUCCUUGUCGCUGUGGCUUGACAACACCCUGAUUGGUACAAAAUAAAUUUUUUUUAGAAAUCUAAAGUAAGCAGCAUAACAAAACGGGGCUCUUGACAGAGCUCUUGGAUGUGAGAGCAGCUGGCACUAAUUCCUUGCCUUCGUUGUGGCUUUUCUCUCACCUUUGUCAUGGCCUGCUAUAUUUUCAUAGGACACAUACCUGGGGUAGUUAGGGUGACCAGAUGUCCGGAUUUUAUAGGGGCAGUCCAAAUUUUUGGAUCUCUUUCUUAUCUAGGCUCCUAUUACCCCCCGCCCCCCGUCCCGAUUUUUCACAUUUGCUGUCUGGUCACCCGAAGGGUAGUAAUCUUGUACUCAAAAGCUCUUGUUACUAUUAGGGUUGAGCAUUAAUGGUCGUGAAAUGACUAGCACCUUUAAGAGCUCAUCAGACAGAAUUGUGGUGCCUAUGCUUUAAGAUUUCUUCUGGUUGCCAGCCAAAAGAGAUGCAAGUUCGCUGGGAGGAGGGAUGGGUUGAAGAACCAGGCAGGACUGGGUUAUGAAAUUUAGUAAGUCCUGUGCUCUGUGGGUCUGCAGCCAAGUACAAAGAAAAAUCCCCACUUUUCUGCUCAGCUGAUGUCCUUUGACUCCUGUAUUAGCAAGUUCAGGGCAGUAACUGGGAGGUCUUGACUCAUCAACACUAUGCUGGUGAAGGAUUUAAUUUCCUAGUACUUUUGACUUAAAUAUAUCAUCCAGAUUGUGCUGCAGUUCCCUGGGAGCUGGAGCACUUUGCUGGUCUCAUUCCAAAAGGCAAUUUAUUGUAGGAGCUCGGUGGACUAGGGAACUGCAUGGUGAGAAAGCUGUGGGUUUUGUGGGUUAACCUCUGUGAUUGUGGAACUCUGGCCGCAUGGAGUAGCCUAUUUUGUAACAGAUUUUUUUUUUUUUUUUUGACAAAGAUCCGCCGUCUCUCUGGGAGAGGAGGGGAGAAUGGAGUUCACUUUUGUGUUAUAAAAUCAGGUGGGCCUCUUACCCAGUUUUACAGUUGGUGGAUAAAGUACCCAGAACUCCUGUGACUUGAUUAGGGGACACAGUGAGCCCAGGAUGCUCCUGAAUCCUCUAGUCCCAUGCUGUAACCACUAGUCAAUGUGAUUUUCCAAUUUGCUGGGGGUGCUGUUAACUACCCCAUUAAGCAGGUGCUCAAUUCCUGCCCUGAGCUGACUGUUGUCAUCCACCUCCAAUCCAGAGUUCUUAAAUUCACCCUGCUGCUCCCACUCCGUGACCUGAACCACUUUCUUUUAAGCUUUUCUCCAGCAGGAGAUCUAGGAUAAUAUUUCUGCAUUAAACAUGCAUUUUCUAUUUAUGAGACGCGGCACCAGGAGAACUCAGGAUAGGAGAGUCCUGAGGCAGGAUGGGUAGUUAUGUGAAGCGUUUCCUUUUUCCACCCAUAACCCAUUGUUUACCCAAAUGAGAUGUGAGGAACUCUCUAAGCCAACCCACCCACACAUGUGGGUUUCUUACACAUUAGACACAAGCCUUAGACUCCUUUUGACAGUCUGGCCUAGCUUCAGACAAGAAACAUCUGAAAACAUAAGUGUCCUUAGUGAGGAACUUGAACAUCAAACUUUCUGAGCUCUGUUCUGAAUCUCGAAGCUGCGGCUUUAGAGCAGGUUUUGCCUUUGUCAGAACAAGUUCUCCUUUGCGCCACUCGAAUCAUUGUCUGUUCAUACAGCCCGUAUAUCCAUAUCCCCUCAGUUCCAGGCAUCUGAGUAAAAGGAAAACCUGAGGGAUGUAGGGUACGGGGUGUUCCUUUUACAGCCCAUAUUGACAAAGAUGGGUGAGGUCAUAUUUUUUUAUUGGACCAAUAUCUGUUGGUAAGGAAGACAAGCUUUCAAGCAGAGCUCUUCUUCAGGUCUGGGGUAUCUCUCACCGACAGAAGCUGGUCCUGUAAAAGAUAUUCCCUCACCUACCUUACCUCUCGUGGCCUGGGACCGACCAGGCUACAACAACAAAGGUUCGAUUAAGCAGGCCUGGCAUUGGACUCACUUGUGAGAUUUGCUUAUUGGCAGACCUACAGGCUAGACAUCAAUCCCCCUGAAACUUAAUCAUAUAGCAUUACCUAGUGCACCUUGGUUGCAGCCCCAGUUAUGCGCGACGCAAAUGAAGGGGUCCUUUAUUUUGCAUUAUGUCUGAUUGGUUAAAUUCCAGCCCAGCAGUAGAUGUAUAAGGUGCUUCUGUGUCAGAGACAGACUGAAUGUGCAGUGAGGUGUCAGCAGUGUUAGAGGUUUCAUUGAGAUUUGAAGCUCUGGUGGCUCUAAAUCCACAUUUCCAGUUGGGACCUUGAUGCCUUGGCUGUUUCUGGCUGCUGCUUUGGUGCCCUCUACUGGAAUCUGUCGCACUGUACAGGCUGAGGCCUUAGAAAGCCGACCCCGCAUCAUUUCUGCGUGUGGAAGGGCUACUUUGUUCAAUGUAACAGCUGGCACUGAUGCAUAGAAUUUCACUUUGAUUCUAGUCUCCUUAGUCAGGGCUGUGCCCUGAGCGCUUCCGCUUUGGCACCUUCGUUCAGGUGUCUUGAUUUCCAGUUUUGGUGCUAUUUCUGAAACACAGAAGGGCUUCCCAUACCAGAAACCUUGAUUUCUCUACCCUCACCCCCUUGCCUCAAGCACCCAGAUGGGACGUUAUAGAGCAACAAGGAGAGGUGAUUUUGUUCAAACAGGGCAACAACCCCUCUCUUCCUCCUAAAGCCAGUCUCCAUCUGGGCAUUUUAUACCAUGCUCCUCACCUUUUUUUAAAUCUGAUCUUUGAGACACUUCUCCACUGACUUUAAAGGUGCUAAUGACUUGCAUGGGUCCAGAGAUGCUGCCGUCUGUACCCGUGGAAUCUAGCACAAACACAACCAUGGCGCUGUAACGAGAAGCUGGGUUUGUCCCCCGUGAGCCCUUUUCUCCUGUUAAGCAUUGUGUGCUGUAUACUGCAGGACUGAAUCAUUAUCGUUGUGUUAAGAAGUCCCAUCCCGGGAGUGCUGUAGAGUUUCGGCUCGCCAUAUGUUAUGCAUUUGUUGUGCUGUAUUGCUUUUAUUUUGGGAGGGGGUGGGGGACACGGGAGAAGGCGCUGUGGAUGCUUUUGGGGUGGGGCAGAUUCCCAGCACACCCUGUAUCCAUUAGCGACCGCGGCUGCAAAAAGCCAGCAUCUUCUGUCUCAAAGCAGACUGUUAUAAUUGCAGAAAGGAGUUAAGGGAAGGGUAUGUGGUAGGUAGCUAUAGGUUGCCUUAGCUGUUUUCCACCUAAGGCACGGGGAGGGGAAGAUGGUGCGCUGGAAAUGGGAACUUAUUUCCCACCCGGCAUGGUCUGCUACAGAUGGUACCUGACCAAGAUAGGGGCUAGAUGUUUGUUAGCUUUUUCUCGGGAACUCCAGGCUGAUGCCAAUAGUGGAGCCGGUUUCCGUUGCGCCGAGGUUUCUCAUGCAGUCCGGCAGGGAGCCGCACUCUGCCCCCAAACUCAGUCCUGGUCUGCACUGCAGACUCCGGUUGACGCGAGGCAGCUUACGUUGACCUAACACUGUAAGCAUCUACCCUAAAACACAGCGCCCGCUGAUGUAACUCGCCCACUAUGCCACCUUAAUAACUCCACUUCUGUGAGCGGCGUAGCGCCUAGACUGAUUCAGUGUCCGUGGAGACAUUGUGUUGCUUCCAUCGGCUGUUGCCGCCUUGCAGAAGCCACCCCACAACGCCCCACGCUGACAGUUAAAUCGAUGCAGGCACUCCUGGGGAGGAUACACACUGCUGGCACAAGCAGCGUAGUGUGGAUGUGCAAAAGCAGUGUAAUUACUGCGGUGGCUGUAAGGCGAAGUACCUUAGGAUGACUUAAUUUUGUAGUGUAGACUUGCCCUGGGCAUCUUUCAAUCCUAAUGGAUUGGGAAAGGAAUCACUUAAUGAGUAAUGGGAAGUAACGGUCCACCUGCCCCUCAGGCUCCAGGACCUGUUAAUCACUCCCUUCCUGUGGGCCAUUGCGAGACUGCCACUUGCUGCUUCUGCCAUUUGCCACACAGUGCUGAGCUGCCGAAGCAACUCCGUGAUACUUGACAGUCACAAGAAGCCUUCAUUUUUUGUUUGUUUGAUUUUUAAAAGGGCUGAGCCAGUUGACAGAGGUUCGCUGCAGUGGGGAAAAUCCACUUGUGGGUUAAAAUGGGGAUGUGAAAUUUUAACUUGAGAGAUGGAGGCCGCAAGUUUUUAUGGAUCUGGAAACCUGGAGGAUAUGGGUUUGGCCCACUGGAGAUCAGGGUAACCCAGAUCCCUCCAAGUUCUAGACUGCCCAGAGCCAGAAUUUUCAUUUGAGCCCAACUAACUGAGGGACCUUCAGCCUCUGAAAUAACAUGGUAGCGAUUUCACCUUUAAAUCUGUUCCACUAGCUCUGCUCUAAAAUUCAGUCAAUCUUAAAACGUUUCACAUAAAUGAGGCAGGCCCCACCCUGGCCUCUGCUCCCCUCUCUCUUCUGCUGCAAAUGGAAGGAGUGUUUUAGCCCAGGCCAAAGCUGCUCCACUGCCUUGGAAGAGAGAGCAGGUUAUUUCUGAUGCCUCCAGUAGCCUUGAUUCUCAUUAGCAAAGCCCGGGGCUUCAAGAAGACAGGUGUCGUGUGCAAGGCCUGCAAGACAGGUGACCUCUCCCUUCCGUCUCUGGGCUAGAGGCAUCACGAAAGAAACAACCUUUGUCCACGGGCUCCUGCCAGUUGUCCUGGGUGCUCUGUGGGAGCAGGACGGCAGAUCUUUGACACAUGGCCUUCCAGGUCGAACAAAGUCUUGCUCUCUCCCCCACACCUCACAGCAGCCGCCCAAGGAACCAGGUCCUGGGAUUUGCCUUCCCCCAGCACACAGAACCAGUUGUCAUUUGCAUGGGACUGCAGUGGUGGAAGAAUCCACCUGACACCUGCCCUUCAACCAAUAGCUGGCUGUUUUAUAUGGAGAGCUUUUACGAUCAAUAAUGGAAGAAAAUAAAAAAAAAAAACCCACAAAAAUAAAUCCCUGAAAAGCUUAACCACAAGAGUGUAGUAUCUCUAUAAAAGAAAAUACCUAUCUAUGAAUAUAUAUAUAGAAAUAUAUCGACAUAUAUCAACUUUCCUGAAUGGAAGCGCAAUUCCUUAUGCAAUGAAAUUGUUUUUAGAUGUAUCCAAACCUGGACUCCCCGACCCUCCCUCCCUGCUACAGGUUUGUUGUACAAUUUUUGACUUGCUCUGCCUUUCGCAACAAAGCUCGCGGAGGUGCAGGCAGGUCGCACUAGCAAAUAAAAAAAUGUUCUUCACCGAAGUGCUCCUGUGAGCAGGUCCUCACAAUUUAGCAUUAGCCUGUGCCAUGGAUUCCCGUUGACCUGUGUGUCCGCAGGGGCAGAGGAGAGUCGUGGCACAGCCCUGUGUUGUAUUUUGCUGUUUAAAAACAAAAUCCUGGCACUUAUCAAUUUGUUCCUUCAGCCACUGUUCUUACCAAACAUAUAAUGUGCCUUUUAUUUAUGCUGCAAAUAUAACAUUAAAAUAUUAACAAGGA